UCAGAUUUCUCGCUUUUCCGAGGCCUUAAGUGAGAGGGCCGGUGCGGCUGCUGGCCGCGGCGGAGUGAGCGGAGAGCGCUGGGUGAGGACGAGCAGGCGCCCGGAGACAGCGCUCCCUGCCUCCUCUAACUCGUCGGGGGUAGGAGAAAGUUAAGCAGUAUAGAACUGAGUUAAAUAAGGCACGACGGCAGAGGUGCCAGGACUCGGCGAGGAAGCCAGGUCAGCAGGCAUCUUGCCUGCCGGGGUCGGAGAGACGCCAAUCUAGUUCAGAUCCCUGUGAUUUCAAAACAGAAUUGUUGCAGCAGGCUCCUGGCAGUCCUAAACAAUUCAUCUUGGUGUACUGUUUUCCUAUUGUGAUUGCAUCAUGGAAAAUCAAUUGGCUAAGUUGACCGAAGAACGAACAUUUCAGUACCAGGAUUCUCUUCCAUCACUUCCUGUUCCUCCACUGGAAGAAUCAUUAAAAAAAUACCUUGAAUCAGUAAAGCCAUUUGCAACUAAAGAAGAAUAUAAGAAGACUGAAGAAAUUGUCCAAAAAUUUCAAAAUGGCAUUGGAAAAAAAUUGCACCAGAAAUUACUUGAAAGGGCAAAAGGAAAAAGAAAUUGGCUGGAAGAGUGGUGGCUGAAUGUGGCCUACCUGGAUGUCCGUGCACCGGCACAACUGAAUGUCAACUUUGGGGGUCUUGCGCCCCAUAUUGAACAUUACUGGCCUCCAAAGGAAGGCGUGCAAUUGGAAAGAGGAAGUAUAAAUCUUUGGCAUAACUUCAACUACUGGCAGCUGUUAAGAAAAGAAAAAGUGCCUGUGAAUAAAGUUGGAAAUACUCCUCUAGAUAUGAGUCAAUUCCGAAUGUUAUUUUCUACCUGCAAGAUUCCAGGAAUUAAUAGAGAUUCAAUUAUGAAUUAUUUUAGGACUGAGAGUGAAGGGAGUUCCCCAACUCACGUUGCAGUGCUGUGCCGAGGCCGAAUAUUUGUCUUCGAUGCUGUGCACGACGGAUGUUUGAUCACCCCACCAGAGAUUCUCAGGCAACUGACAUACAUCCACAAGAAGUGCUAUAGUCAACCUGCUGGACCUGGGAUAGCAGCGUUAACUAGCGAGGAACGAACUCGAUGGGCUAAGGCACGAGAAUAUUUGAUUAGUCUUGAUCCAGAGAACUUGACUAUGCUAGAAAAAAUUCAGAGCAGUGUACUGGUAUAUUCCAUAGAGGAUGGCUGUCCACAUGUAACACCUGAAGAUUAUUCACAGACAAUUGCAAUGAUCCUCACUGGAGAUCCAACAGUACGCUGGGGUGACAAAUCCUAUAACUUGAUUUCCUUUUCUAAUGGAGUAUUUGGCUGUAAUUGUGAUCAUGCUCCUUAUGAUGCAAUGGUUAUGGUAAACAUCAGCCAUUAUGUUGAUGAGAAGAUUUUAGAGAAUGAAGGAAGAUGGAAGGGUCCAGAAAAAGUACGGGAUAUACCCCCUCCAGAGGAGCUUGUUUUCACUGUGGAUGAGAAAAUAUUAAAUGACAUCAACCAAGCUAAAAUCCAAUAUCUCAAGCAGUCAUCUGAUCUGCAGGUUGUGGCACAUUACUUUACAUCUUUUGGCAAAAAGCUAACCAAGAAGAUGAUGCUUCACCCUGAUACAUUUAUUCAGCUUGCACUUCAGCUGGCCUAUUAUAGACUUCAUGGACGCCCUGGUUGCUGCUAUGAAACAGCUAUGACAAGAUACUUUUAUCACGGCCGCACAGAGACCGUGCGACCAUGCACAGUAGAAGCAGUGAGGUGGUGCCAGUCCAUGCAGGACCCAUCUGCCAGUCUUCUUGAGCGGCAGCAGAAGAUGUUACAGGCUUUUGCAAAACAUAAUAAAAUGAUGAAAGAUUGUUCAACUGGAAAAGGAUUUGACCGUCAUCUUUUAGGUCUUUCACUCAUAGCAAAAGAGGAAGGUCUCCCUGUUCCAGAACUCUUGACAGAUCCUCUUUUCUCCAGAAGUGGAGGAGGUGGCAACUUUGUUCUCUCAACAAGUCUGAUUGGGUACUUAACAGUCCAGGGGGCAGUCGCUCCCAUGGUGCACAACGGCUAUGGCUUUUUUUACUCCAUCAGAGACGACAGGUUGGCUGUGUGCUGUUCAGCCUGGAAGUCAUGUCCGGAGACCGAUGCAGAAAAACUAGUUCAGCAGGUUUUCCAUGCUUUCAGAGAUAUCAUGCAGCUGAUGACCCCACCUCAUCUUUAGAGACUAUUAUUCAUUAAGCGCAUACCAAAACGUAUCAUUUAAGCUGGGUCCCGUUAGUGGAUUGGCAAGGUAGGAUAGGAAGGAAUGUUGAAUGUUGACUUGAGGGAAAUGUAGAAAUUAGUAGAAUCAUGCUCUUUAAAUUUAUUCUGAUGUAGAAAGUAGAAAUAAUAAUUUUUUAGCUUCCUCUGAUGCAGCAGCAAUGCAAAUUUUGAUACAGCGAAUAUAGAACUAUGCAAAAUUUAAGAUAAGCCUCAACAAUGCAAAUGUACAAAUUUUAACAAUGCAAGUCUAACUUUAACUUUCAAAUAUUUUUAUAGGUACUUCUAUAGGUUAUAAAUUCUCUCCCUGAACAUCAUUGCUGAACAGCGAUUUUCAAACUUUUUCAUCUUGUGGAACACACAAACGGAUUACUAUAAUCCUGAGGCACACCAAAAAAAUGUAUUUUUUGCCAGUCUGACAGGAAAAUAGGUAUAAUUUUGAAUCAUUCACACUGGAUAGCAAUUGACUGUUGUCAUUUUUUUAUUUGAUCAUCUAGGGGAAAAGAGGGCAGUGCCCCUCACUAAAUAGUCAGGUUUUGCACAUUUUAAUAAUUCUUGUGGCACACCUGGUUGAAAAUCGCUGUUGUAGAGUCUGUCUUUCAAGCACUUUAACAUUUUCUAGUUGCCAAAGGGUAUGAAAUACAUGACUGGAUGCUAAUUUCCCUGAAAUCAGUAUCUGUCACAUUCACCACAGGGACACAGCUCACUGUGUUUGGGAAAGACCACUACAAUUUAAUGGUGAUCUAAUAAAAAUAGUUCCUGUUGAACAGAUGGAAGAAUUAAGUUGUGGUAGGAAGGUUUACACCCUCUGACACACAUUAAAGAAAAUCCUAACAAAAUUCAUUUUAGUAUAUUAUUGUAAUUAGUUUUGUGAACAUAAAAUUAACGCACUUAUAUUUAAAAUCAGAUGUCAGAAUUAAUGAUUUUAAAAGGAUUAAAUAUUGAAUCAGAUUUUCAGGAUUAUACUUUUUUCUCCUCUGUUCAAUUUUGUAAUUUCUGCCCUCAGAAAAAUAAAACUCUUAAAAUCAUACAA